UGUAUAUAUGAUUCAAUCCAGCUAGCCCCGGUCCAACUAAAAAGCGAUUCAGAUUCAGAGAAAGUGUUCACCCAGCGAAUGACUGCAUUUUUCACUUUCAUUGGUCUUAUCAGAUACAGUAUUUCUCAUCUGGAAUAGCAUCUACUGAGUUUCCUUGACCUGACAAAUGGUACAACCACCAGGGUAUCGUUAAUGCUAAAUAAAUUACAAAUUCUACAUAGGCUCAAGGAGUGGAACAUAAUGGAGAGGCAGGGCUCACUUCCCUACGACAAUGGCUCAUUCUUAGAUGAUACUAUCAACCAGGAAAUUAGUAAGGAUUCCCCAGCCGAAAGCUUCACCCAGAUAAAGUUGGAAGAAAUUGAAAUAAUCGAUGGAGGGCUAGAAAUCAAACCCGAGAAGUCGAAGGAGAGUAUAGAAGCAAGUGUAAAGCAGACCAUUCCGAAUAACACAUGUAAUGUAUGCGGUCAUAGUUUUAGCUCAACACACAACCUCAAGGAGCACAUGCCCCUGCACGACGAAAAAAGACCAUUCAAAUGUGAUGUUUGUGGCUCGAGAUUUUCCAAAGAAAGUCAUAUUUUGGUACACCAUAAGUUAAGGCAUAAAGAUAUCCCUCUUCCUGAGCUAAAUUGUCGUUCCCUGAAAUGUGAUGUUUGCGGCAAACAGCUAGGAAGUGCUCGCAGUCUCAGAAAUCACAAACUUAUUCACGUUGAGAAUCGAGUGGAUUCAUAUGCCCACAUAUGCGAUAUUUGUGGCAAGAAAUUCCCGAUUCUUGCUAAGCUUGAACGCCACAGAAAGAUCCACAUGAAAACAAAUUCUCACAAAUGUAAAACCUGCGGAGCUGGUUUCAAUGACUGGGCCAACCUCAUGAAACACAAGCGCAUCCAUGCCGUUGAAAAACAGUAUAUGUGUAAUAUUUGCAAAAUAGCAUUUUUCGGACCUUGCGAUUUGUCAGCUCACAUGCAUGUGCACACCAAAGAAGGAAUGAUUUGCUGUGAUAUUUGCGGGGAAGGAUUUGCCUUACAACCGGAGCUGACGACGCAUAAAUCCAUACAUAUCAGGAAGUGUGGGAAAUGUUAUGGGCAGUGUAGUUGCAUCAGAGCCGAUUUCGAUCACCCGUGCGAGAUUUGUGGGAAAAGAUUUCGUUUACCCAAACACCUCAUUGAUCACAUGCGUCGUCAUACGAAUGAAGACAUUCACAAAUGUGAGGUGUGUGGAAAAAAGUUCCGCUUCACUAAUUACCUCACAAUACACAUGCUAACUCAUACUGAUGAGAAGCCACACGUAUGUGAUGUUUGUGGAAAAGAGUUCUACAGACGUUGCAAUUUGCUGGUGCAUAGACGAAUCCACGAAACUGAAAAACAAUAUAAAUGUGAGGUAUGCGGAACAGGAUUUCACAAACGCUGCAACCUCGAGCAACACAAGAAAGUUCAUACGGGUGAGAAACCACACAAAUGUGAAGUAUGUGUAAAACAAUUUCGUUCACGCAAAAAUUUAGCGCAACAUUCACGAGUUCACACAGGCGAAAAGCCUUUCAAGUGUGAAGUGUGUGGUCGAGGAUUUCGUGUACAUCAAGUCCUUAAGCAGCAUAGGUUGACUCACACGCGGUACAUAAACGAGAAAGCUCACGUUUGUGAUGUGUGUGGAAGAGGAUUCAGUCGGCGCACCAGGCUCACAAAACACAUGUUGAUUCACAAGGGAGAUAAAUCGUCCGAAAAUGUGGACCUAAUAUCGCUACAGGCAUUAGCACAUCAACGAGAGGAGCAAAAAUGAAAAUUCGAAAACUUAGUAUUGUACGUAUUUGCGAAAAGCUUGGUAGGGUAGGGCUCUUGUUUUACACCAGAUGUUUUCUUUUAAUACAUCCCACGUGAAAUAUAAAACGAAGUUUUUUAAUGAAAUUCGGAGCAAGUGGAUCUCUUUUUUAUUGUUAUUUAUCAGUGUGCAAUUGGGCUGUCUUCACCACCAAUUUCAGCAGCCUAUGUACAUUAACCGUAUACUUACGUUCUGAACCGUUGGACUUGGUGGGAGCUGCAGUGCUUUAUGAUCACACCUAUGACUGCACCAGUCCUCUCAUGGGCAAAAUGUUGGAUUACUCCAAAACUAUAUUUUUGGUGUAGAGUAGGUCUGAUAACCAUUUCUGCC